AACAUGCUGAAAAUUGCGCAAGUUGGAUGUCUUAUGGAUAUUGUUAUCAAGGUAAUGAAUACUAUGACUUUAUGACCGCUAAUUGUCCGAUGACGUGCGGCGUUUGUGAAGUGGAGGCCGAAGAAGAAGGGUGGAUUAGUCCACAAUUACAACAGAGCUACAGCCUAGAGUUAAGUCAAACCCUGGAACUAAAGACCACCAUGAAUCAGGUUGAAGCCCCCAUAACCGUUUAUUUUAUUUUCCCCGAAGACGAAACUCAGUACAUCAACUUCAAAUGCACGGAUCUUAACUCAAGCAGAUGGAUCCUCGUGAUCCAACAAUGCAUGCCUGACUCGUGGGAUGCGGCCCAGCCCCUGAAUGGAGUUUCAAGUGACCAUAUAAAAGUGUGGCGAAUCACCCGAACAGAGACCAGCUUGCUAGUGGAGUGCAAUGGUGUGACUGUCCUUAUCUUCAACUUCGCGAGUGACUACAAGGAAGGUUUCUCAAGCUGUCAUAGCUUCUGGACUAGGCAUUCCACAGCGAUCAAGUUUAACUGGAGUGGCGGAUUGUAUAAAAACAACGGGCAUUUGUCCAUGAGAACAGCUGUGAAUAAGGGAAUGAGAGAAUUACUGGUUGGUCAGGUAUUUCCGGUCAGAUCUGAACACUCCCGCACUAGGGAAGAUAACGAGGAGUAUUACGGUGCUGCGAACGCUGUAGACCAGAAACUGGGGACUCGCUCUUGGACAGAAGCUGACUCUGACGGUGGUGUCUGGUUAAAACUAACACUGGGCCAGGUCACUUGUGUUCAACAGAUUGUGUGGUACUUCACUACUGGUAAUCCUAUUCUGACCUAUUCAUGCUCAAAUACUGACUGCACCUGUGAGGGUAAAACUGAAUGGUGCGCCAGCUUCUCUCUAACAGUCUAUAAUUUGGGGUCAGAAGACACUAUCCCUCCAGUUUCGGGCUGCAUAUACGGAGACACGGUCAAGAUACAUGCUAGUUAUUUGGAUUUUUAUGUGUACGAGAUACUUAUAACAGAGAAAAAAGGAAUGAGAGAAUUACUGGUUGGUGAGGUAUUUCCUGUCAGUGCUGAACACUCCCGCACUAACGAAGAUAACGAGGAGUAUUACGAUGCUACGAAAGCUGUAGAUCAGAACAUGGGGACUCGCUCUUGGACAGAAGCUGACUCUGACGGUGGUAUCUGGUUAAAACUAACACUGGGCCAGGUCACUUGUGUUCAACAGAUUGUGUGGUACUUAUACGACAGUAGUCUUUAUCAGACCUGGUCAUGCUCAAAUACUGACUGCACCUGUGAGGGUGAAGUGUGUAAUUACUACACUCUGGCAGUCUAUAAUGAGGGGGCAGUAGACAAUAUCCCUCCAGUUUCGGGAUGCAUAUACGGAGACACGGUCAAGCUACUGAAGACUAAUGAUAAUAUUGGUUCUUUCUUUGUGUACGAGAUAUCUAUAACAGAGAAAAAAGGAAUGAGACCAAUACUGGUUGGUGAGGUAUUUCCUGUCAGUGUUGAACAUUCGCGCACUAAGCAUGAUAACGAGGAGGAGAACGGUGCCCACCUCGCUAUAGACCUGAACUUGUUGACCAUUUCGAAAACAUAUCCUGGUGCUGACGGUAGUACCUGGUUCAAAGUAACACUUGACCAGGUCAGCUGUGUUCACCAAGUUGUUACCUACUUUGAUGGUCGCCCUCAUCUCAUCUGGACAUGCUCAAAUACUGACUGUAGCUGUGAGGGUUACUGGUGCAGCAGCUUCUCUUUAACAGUCUAUAAUGAGGGGGCAGUAGACAAUGUCCCUUCAGUUUCGAGCUGCAAAUACGGAAACACGGUCAAGCUACAGAGAGAUAAAAAUAACUUAAUGGAAGAGAUAUCUAUAACAGAGAAAAAAGUCGGACCACAAGGAGAACAAGGAGCUGAAGGAGAACAAGGAAACCAAGGAGCGACUGGAAGAAAAGGUGCUCAAGGAACCAACGACUUCUGCUCAUCGGUUGGAUGGAUCUGUUCGUUAGAAGGAGCAGAAGGUGAACCUGGUGAGGACGGUGCUGACGGGGAGAAUGGACCAACUGGAGACUCGGGGGAUGUUGGAGCAAAAGGAGAGAUGGGUAGAGAAGGUACUCCAGGAUUUCCUGGACUUUCAGGAGUUAAAGGGAUAAAGGGUGGUCGGGGAAUAGACGGACAGGAUAGUUUUCCUGGAUGGAACGGACAACAGAAUUGUGGAUCUGAGAGCUGCAGCCUACGACUGGGACCUUGUUAUGGGAUGGGGAGUAGCAGGUUUACAGUCAAGUGUAUGGAGGGGUAUGCGGCUAAUGGCAUUUGGCGAAAUUCCAGGUUUUGGGGACUGAGGUGUUGCAAAAUUGUUGUAAAAUGAACAAAAAUUUGACUGCACUUUUUUAUAUGGCUUACAGUAAACAUGAUUAUAUUUAUAUUUGUAUUAUUUUGUAUUUAUUUUAUGACUAUGAGAUGAUAGGUCGAGAACAAAUUGAACAUUGAAAAAGGUAUGCUUGUUAUGAUUAUUGAUUAACCGGUGAUGUAAUAUGAUAUAGAUACUCGUAAAAUAUUUAAC